AUUUACUGCAUUUACUAUUAUCACAUCCAUCUCUCACAAUUCUUCAUCUUUCUUGCUGUUCAGCUUCCAAACUCUACCAUCAUCAUCAUCGUACAUGAGCUGAUUUUGCAGAGACUAUUUCUUCAAUAAUGGAUAGCCAAACAACAGACAAGACCCAGAAACAGACAGAAACAGAGGAUCAACAGCAGCAUCACCCACAACCUAGUUCAUCUUCGUCAUCCCCUCCUCGUCUUGUGUUGGAUCUAACUCUCUCUAAUCAAUCCUCACAAUCUGAAUCUCCCCAUGGCAGGAUCUUCUCCUGCAACUACUGUGACAGAAAAUUCUAUUGCUCGCAGGCACUAGGAGGACACCAAAACGCGCACAAGCGUGAGAGAACUCUGGCAAAAAGAGGACACAACAACAACAACAACAACAACAACAACGUUGGAGAUUAUGCUUCACAUGUUUCUGCAGAUUUUGGACGAAGGUAUUAUCAUUCAUGUAUGGCUUCUCUUCCUUUGCAUGGCUUCUCCCAUAACAGACCACUUGGGAUUCAGGCCCAUUCCAUGAUUCGCAAGCCUUCUUCUUCUUCUUCCUCCUCUUCUUCUUGUUUUCAACCACCACGUUUCCAGAAGCCUCCAUUAUUGUUAUUCAGAGCCAACCAUGCUUGGACUACAGAAUCUGAAUCAUCAUCUUCUUUAACUUCUGGGAUUAUUCCAAAGUUCUCUCCAAGGCCUGUCACAGAGGAACAGCAUCAACUUGACUUGUCCCUCAGACUAUGAACAUACACACUAUUGUAUCUGAUCGGCAUUGCAGUGUAUGUAAUAAUGCCAAGCUGUAAUUUGAAGUCGUACAUAAAGAGACGUUCCCACAAUAUUUGUAAUGUUUCAGAUACUUAAAAUGCAUUUACGUUAUAAUAAUCUGAGGUUUUGUUCUUGGAUUGGAACUCACAGACACUUGAAUUUGGAAGAUGAUACACACACACUCUCCUCUUUGU